CGGACAACUGCUAUUAGUGAAGGAACCGUUUGCGGCGCGGCGCAUGCGCGCAAAGCAAGAACAAGAGCGUUCGCGGCGCGUCUCGGCAGCGAAACGUGCGGCCAGAAGUCCUCCCUGCGACACACAACACGGGGAACUGUCACCACACGCACGUCCCUAGUGGGCGGGGCUACACUUCUCGCCGGCCUUUCAAACUAGAUCCACGCCGACGGAAGACAUGACGCAGUCCGUGGUGGUUCAGGUGGGUCAGUGUGGCAACCAGAUAGGAUGCCGUUUCUGGGAUCUGGCACUGCGGGAACACGCCGCCGUCAACAAGAAAGGAAUUUACGAUGAAGCAUUAAGCAGUUUCUUUAGAAAUGUGAAUACCAGGACAGAUGAUGAUAGCACUGACUGCAGAGGAAAAAUCUAUUCCUUAAAAGCACGCGCUCUCCUGAUUGACAUGGAAGAGGGUGUAGUGAAUGAAAUUCUGCAGGGACCAUUGAGAGAUGUCUUUGAUAGCAAGCAGCUGAUAACAGAUGUUUCUGGCUCAGGGAACAACUGGGCUGUGGGUCACAAAGUUUAUGGGUGUCAAUACCGAGAAGAUAUUGUUGAAAAGCUGAGAAAGACUGCAGAACAUUGUGACUGUCUGCAGUGCUUUUUUGUCAUUCAUUCCAUGGGAGGGGGGACAGGAUCUGGUCUUGGUACAUUUGUACUAAAGCUUCUUGAGGAUGAAUUUCCAGAAGUAUAUAGAUUUGUUACUUCAGUUUAUCCUUCCCAGGAGGAUGAUGUCAUUACAUCUCCUUAUAACAGUGUAUUGGCUAUGAAAGAACUCAGUGACCACGCAGACUGUGUAUUGCCAAUUGAAAAUGAAUCUUUAUUUGACAUUGUUAGCAAAAUUAAUCAGAUGGCCAACUGUGGAAAGUUAGGAUCAACCAUAAAGCCAGCCAGUUUAGUAACUUCAAGUGCAGGUGGAAUAAAGUGUUCUCGGGAGAAACCAUUUGAUGCUAUGAACAAUAUUGUGGCCAACUUACUGUUGAACUUGACAAGCUCUGCUAGGUUUGAAGGAUCUCUUAAUAUGGAUCUUAAUGAAAUCAGCAUGAAUUUGGUUCCCUUUCCUCGACUUCAUUAUCUUGUUUCCAGCUUGACACCUCUGUAUACUUUGGCUGAUGUUAAUGUGCCCUCUCGAAGGUUGGACCAAAUGUUUUCAGAUGCUUUUAGCAAAGAUCACCAACUGUUACGAGCUGACCCAAAGCACAGUUUGUACCUUGCCUGUGCCCUGUUAGUAAGAGGAAACGUGCAGAUUUCAGACCUUCGUAGAAACAUUGAAAGGUUGAAACCUUCACUUCAGUUCGUCUCCUGGAAUCAAGAAGGAUGGAAAACUGGCCUCUGUUCAGUACCACCUGUGGGUCAUUCCCACUCAUUGUUGGCACUAGCAAAUAACACUUGUGUGAAAUCUACUUUUGUAGAGCUCAAGGAAAGAUUCACAAGGCUGUACAAGAAAAAGGCUCACCUUCACCAUUACCUACAUAUUGAUGGGAUGGAGCAGUGCUCUUUCUCUGAAGCGCUCUCAUCUUUGUCUGAUUUAAUAGAAGACUAUAAUCAGCUAGAUGCUGCUAACUGUCAACCUGCUAUAGAUCCACCAAGACUGAAGAUAGCAAUGUAGCACUUGUUACGGGGUGCGUGUUAAAGUUUAGAUCAGCAAAUUAUGCUCACGCAAUCCAGUUAAAAAUAACCUGGUAUGAACUUACUUUGGCUGGGGUUAGUAAAUUCCAUUGUCAAAAGAUAGUGGAACUGUUCAGUUUAAAUGACAGUUUCACAUAUUUCUCAUAUUGCACAGAUGCUGGAUUACAUAUCUCAAAAAAAGUAAAAGGAAUUAUAAUACCUUCUUAUGGUCUACCUCUCGAUGUAAUUUUAACUUAAGCACUAUUUUGAAGAUACUUUUAUAUGUAGAUUAUGAAAACAAACACUUUUAAUAUAAUUUGACCAUAUCAGAUUUUGUCAUAAAUGAAUUUUAUUUACAAGAUAUUUACAUAAUAAAAUGUAUAAUUUCAUAAAAUUUGGCCUUGUCCCUGUGAAUCCUUAUCUACUACAUGCCCCAAACUGUUAUACAUCUGGUUAUCAACUAGUCUAGAGCACCAACUGCAGUUUAACAACAUUACUAGCUCUAAACAGCAAUACAAGACCUGAUAUAUCUACUACUGUAAACUCAGUACAUACUUCUGAAGCUUAUGUUGUAGAGAAAAAUAUGUUAUAGAGAUUUUCCAAGCAAGCUCGGUAACUUUAAAUAAUGCAGUUAUCUGUGAAACGGCAUACAAAAAGGUUCUAUCAUCCAGUUCACAAGUUGAGCAUUUACAUUCUUAAUGAUUUGCAGGCUCUGAUACAAUAUUUUUAAGAGGCAUACAGAAAUGCUGCUAAAUUGCAUGGCUGCUUUAUUUUGUUCUUUUUGUUGAAGAGAAGAGAAAAUAUUAACCUGGGAGAUCAAUAUCAAAGACUGUUCCAUAUAAAAUUGCCUGUCUAGAAAACGGAUUUGGUUCCAGUAAACAAAGGUGUUUCACUACACUAUCGAUCAUCAAGAAAUAUGCAAUUUGAUACAUACAGUCAUGCUUUGUAAAUCUCAUACAUAAAUGCCCAAAUCCUUGUUUUGUGUUCACUCCCUCGGUCACCCUGAUCUAUCUGAGGAGAUGCAUGUGUUGAAGUUUAGGUACCCAUCACUGUUUUGGGUGACAACACACCACCACAUUUUCACACAGGUGCAGUACAAUCCUAUAUGUUUCUAUUCAGAUGUAAACUCCAUUGAGUUCAACGGUGAGUGAUCUUCUUAAUCACAAGUUAACACUAAGCACAUGCAUGCAAACUAUUUGGAUGAAUGAUUUUAUGGGUUUUGAAUUCAUACUUUUGCAUGCAGUCUGAUACUGUUCACUUUACAACUUUGAAAUAUUGGUAUUGCUUUUGCACAAAUUUAUAGAAAAGUGAAGGGGUGACACACAAUGUCCAUGCAUUGCACAUUCCUAAUUGAAUUUCUAACCAUACCUGCACUGAACAGGGAAGGUCUUCAUGGAGCUUUCACUCAUGUUCAGCUGAACAUCUCAUGCAGGCUUUAUGAGGUCCCUUGCAGACCUGUUCAGUGUGGAGAUGAUCAGGGAUUGAGCACUUGGAUGUUGGGGUGGGGCUUGUACAUGCAUCUUUGGGCAAACAUCCAUAUGAAUC